UAAUUACUACCCUCCCCAAUCCAAUCUCUCGCUUUGCUCUCUCUUUGUCCACAGGCUCAGAAACCACUUCUAUGAUUGAGGAGAGAAAGAAAGACACUUGAUCGAAGGAGAGUGAAGAUUCACCGGGAAAACUGAAAAGCCGACGAAGAAAACAGGUUCGAAACUUCGAAUCCGUGUUACAUUUUUUGAGCGGUGGGAACUACUGCAAUGGACCAUGCCGAGCUGACCACUGAGCAGGUUCUAAAGAGGGAUAUUCCAUGGGAGACGUACAUGAUGACGAAGCUGAUAACUGGGUCAGACCUUCAGCUGUUGAGGCGCUAUGACAACAAGGCUGAAAGUUAUAGAGCGCAAUUGCUAGAUGAUGAUGGUGUAGCAUACAUUCGGGUGUUUGUUAACAUUCUGCGUGAUAUAUUCAAAGAAGAAACUGUUGAAUAUAUUCUGGCUUUGAUUGAUGAAAUGCUAACAGCAGCAAAUCCCAAAAGGGCCAGAUUGUUCCAUGACAAGUCUCUUGCAAAUGAGGAUACUUAUGAGCCCUUCCUAAGAUUGCUCUGGAAAGGUAACUGGUUCAUUCAAGAAAAGAGCUGCAAGAUUCUUGCUUUGGUUGUAAGUGGUAGGCCAAAAACUCAUGAAAGCAUUCUCGCAAAUGGAGGAGCCUCAAAUUCAAAGAGCAAAGUGACCACCAUUGAUGAUGUGCUGAAAGGACUAGUUGAAUGGCUUUGUGCUCAGCUGAAGAAACCUUCGCAUCCCAGUCGUGCCGCUCCAUCUGCUGUUAGUUGCCUUGCAGUGUUACUUAAGGAACCUGUCGUCAGAUCUUCAUUUGUUCAGGCAGAUGGAGUGAAACUACUGAUUCCUUUAAUUUCUCCAGCAUCCACCCAACAAUCAAUCCAGCUCCUUUAUGAAACCUGCCUUUGUAUCUGGCUGCUAUCUUACUAUGAGCCUGCAAUUGAGUACCUGGCUACUUCUAGAACCUUACCACGACUCGUGGACGUUGUGAGGAGUUCAACGAAGGAGAAGGUUGUCCGUGUCAUUGUUUUGACUUUUAGGAACUUGCUUUCCAAAGGCGCUUUUGGUGCUCAGAUGGUGGACCUUGGUCUUCUACAAACAGUUCAAAGUCUGAAAACCCAAGCAUGGAGUGAUGAGGACCUCCUGGAGGCCCUCAACCUGCUCGAAGAAGGGCUCAAGGUUAACAUAAAGAAACUGAGCUCCUUUGAGAAAUACAAGCAAGAGGUCCUUCUUGGUCAUCUAGAUUGGUCUCCCAUGCACAAAGAUACCAUAUUCUGGCGUGAGAAUAUCAAUAGCUUUGAAGAGAACGAUUUCCAGAUUCUGAGGGUGCUGAUCACAAUAUUGGACACGUCCAACGACGCUCGAGCCCUAUCCGUUGCUUGCUACGACCUGUCACAGUUCAUCCAGUACCAUCCAGCUGGCCGUGUCAUAGUCACGGACCUCAAGGCGAAGGAAAGGGUGAUGAAACUGAUGAACCAUGAAAAUGCUGAGGUCACCAAGAAUGCCCUUCUCUGCAUCCAGAGGCUCUUCUUGGGAGCUAAAUAUGCAAGCUUUUUGCAGGUCUGAUUUUUUUCCUCUGUGAAGCACGUCCAUCGUCGUCUUGUAGUAGUAUUUUCCCUGAAACGAGAUUUGCACCAUUUUGCUGUGAUUAGUCGUACGCUUCAGAAUCUCAGUUGCUUGUUAUCACGGUGAACAGCAAGUUUGAUGUUUUCUCUAUGCUUUAGAUUGAGGGGAGUGAGUACUCCAUCCUACUGCAGAAUAUUUAUUUAUAUCUUGGGAUUCCUGAGAGUUGAGUGGAAUAAAAAGUGGUUUCUAGAUUUAAUUAUUUAUCUCAUUAUAUAUGUUCUCUAUAAUACGGCUUAAAAGCCCAAAAAUGGUACCA